AUGGAUUAUGUGGACAACAAAACAAUAAGAAUUACAGCAACAGAGUUCAAGAAGCGUCAACGACAAAACAUUAAGAAAGCAAAUAAUGAAUGCCACCAACGACAACAACUAAAGGAAUUGCUAUUAGCAGUAAUCGUGGUGGUCUCACAGGCUCAAUCACAAAAACCCUCACCGCGUUUAAGUAGUCCAAAGUUAUCGAAAGGACGACCUAGUGGCAGAGUUGGCAGACUCUCUCAAGGCAGUGUUCCCAGACCAGCUACCGUCACUACGCGGAAACCAUCUGGCUCUAAAGUGAGCCCCGCCGCAGGACCGAAAGUACGACCCGCUGGCCCAAAGCCCACAGCAAGGAAGGCCCCAGUGUCACCAACUCCCUCUGGAACGCCUAAAACAAAAUGUAAGGGAAGAUGUAAGUUCCCACAAGAGGUGUGUGUAAGGAAAGCGAGAUGCCAAGGACCUUCAUGUUUCUUCUGUGCAGAAACGAAAAGCAUUCCUAGCCUUCCCGGGAAAAAGGCCGCGCCGACUCCUUCCUCGCCUGUGAACCUUGGGUUUAGUGGUAUGGGUAUGAAUAACAUGGAAAUGUUUAGCAUGCCGCAACAACGACAACAACCAACUGACAUCUUCUCGGAACUAUUCGGCCUAGGUCCAAGCACGGGAGGAUACGAUAUUUUCGGAUCAAGGCAAUCACAAAUGAGCAGACAACCAGUUCCGUCAGGAUAUCCAAAUAGUUUUUACCCUCCAAACCCACUCACAUCCAUCCCGGUACCUGGACAGUAUGACACGACAUUUAGCCAAAUGGAUUUCCCUAAACCUUUUAGCUCUGGAAACUCCAAACCUUCAGGUGGAUCCAUGACUGAUAGUAAUUCUCCUCCCUUUUUACGUGGAUCCCCACAGACGCCCGCGUCUAUGCCACCGCCUAUGUUACAGCCCUAUAACUUUAUGCGUGAGAGUCCAGCAAUGGAUCGGUCAUCAGGAUUAUCCAAUUUGUUUGGUGGGUUAUUUGGGAGUGGAUCAGGAGGAAUGGGUGGCACCACUGGAAUGAAUCUCCUAUCUAUGAGCAUGCUUGGAAUGGAUCCAUUCCAGUUGUUUUAGGAAAAGGAAAUAAAAUGACGACUUAGUGAAGUCUUCAGUCGCUCCCUAGGAGGAGUCGAAUCCCGUAGUGUAUGGUUGGCCAUUUUGACAGUUCACAUCGAUCCGUGCUGCGUUCAUCGUGCUCAAAAAUUAAUUAUCUUCUGUUGGGUGUAAAAGCGACAGAUCCGUGUAUUAGGUGUAAAUGACAGCGUGAAAUGUGUAAACAAGAGAACAUGGGCUCUCCGUUAUGGAGUUCGGAUCAUUAGGUUAUAGUUCGUAAGUCAUAUGUUUUUGUAAGAAAUAAAACAUGAUCGGAAGUA